UCUAAAUAUAAUUGGAUGGGCGGCACAAUCGGCGCAUCGCAUAACAUGACAUUAUAGAUUCAAGUGAGAGAAUUUUGGAUUGGAUUAUUGAGCUGGCGAUUCAAUCAGAGAUAAGUCGCUUUUUCUUCGGACUUCUCAUUCUCCUGAUUUACUGGAUUCAGAGGUUGUUUAUGCUGGCUAUCGAUAAUUCAGAAUUAAGAAGAGCCGAUUCUUUGGUGAGUCUGGAGUGCUUACUCAACAUAGUGAGGGCCGUCGGGAUGGGAUCAUGCUUGUCAGCGGAUGGAUCAAGCGCUGUCUCUUACACCGCGGCCCCGUCUUCGCCGUCUUCUUCGUCUUCUCGGAAGAAAAACAACUCAAGGAAGAUUAAGAGGAGCUCGUCGUUGGAGAUGUGGUUGCAUAGAAUUCCCGGUAGAAUUUUCUUGAAUGGCUCCACGGAUAAUGCCUCUUUGUUUACCAGGCAAGGCAAGAAAGGGAUCAACCAGGAUGCUAUGAUUUUUUGGGAGAAUUUCGGCGCAAUGGAAGACACAAUCUUUUGUGGUGUUUUUGAUGGACAUGGUCCCUAUGGGCAUAUGGUUUCAAAGACAGUGAGGGAUUCUCUUCCAUUAAAAUUGAGUGCCCAGUGGCAAUUAAAUAAUGGUAGCAUGAACAUGAUGAACAAUAACAGCAGCAGUGCUGUAGGAAGUAUAAAAUCAGGAGACUCAUUCUUGUCAGUGAAGGAACCUAGGACAUUGAUAGAUAAUAAGCAUAAUCAAAGUCAGACUGAUAUUUUUAUUACACUGAAAGAAGCAUUUUUGAAGGCUUUUAAAGUUAUGGACAAGGAACUUAAGCAUGGUCCACACCUUGAUUGUUACUGCAGUGGGACAACAGCAGUAACAUUAGUAAUGCAGGGUCACCAUCUUGUUAUUGGAAAUGUCGGGGACUCUAGAGCUGUGCUGAGUACGCGAGAUAAGGAUAACUCUCGCAUUGCGGUACAGUUGACUGUGGACCAGAAACCAAAUCUUCCAAAGGAAGCUGAAAGAAUAAUGUUGUGUAAAGGACGAGUUUUUGCUCUCCCGAAUGAACCUGAGGUUACUCGAAUUUGGCAGCCUAACGUUGACUCUCCUGGUCUUGCCAUGGCCCGAUCUUUUGGAGAUUUCUGCCUUAAAGAUUAUGGUCUGAUUUCUAUCCCUGAGAUCUCAUAUCUUCACCUCACUGAGAAGGAUGAAUUUAUAGUAUUGGCUACAGAUGGGGUCUGGGAUGUUCUUUCAAACAAACAAGUAGUAGACAUAGUAGCAUCAGCUCCACGGUCUAGUGCAGCUCGAGCUUUGGUUGAAUCAGCUGUUCAAGCUUGGCGAUACAAGCACCCGACCUCGAAAGUCGAUGACUGUGCUGUAGUUUGCCUAUUCUUUAAUCCAAGCUCAGACAGUUGCUCUACCUCUUUCUUCCAUUCUGAGGAUAAGAUGUUAAUCUCAUAAGAACCGUUUAACGUUGGUUGUAAAGUAGUUUGAUUGGACCAUUGUAGAACCUCUAGGAUGCACCUGAAAAUUUGUGAUGAAGUUGGGGUGAUAGUUGGUCGGGAUAUUGAGUAGGGGUAUGUCACUUUUUUUGGUAUAUGUUGAAUGCACUUGUGGCGCUUAUGGUCCUUGCUGAUUGAAUGACAGGUUUGGAGAUACCAGGAGGCAUUAGUUAGAGGUUGCUUUCUAUUCAGUCCAGAUUUCAGUAUUAUAUAUCAGAUUUAUCGUUUUUGUUCAUAUGGAAAGUGGGAAUUCGAGAUAUUAUGGGAAUUCCUGUAGGUCUUUUUAUGUAGAUAGGGCAUGAGGGUGGGGCUAUCAAUUUGUGUUUCCUCGGCUGGUGGAUUUGGUGUUUUUUUCGUGAAUCCACAAGAGGUAAGUGGUUUUGUUAACAAUUUUCUGCACUUUGUUAAUGGAUGUUUAUGUCCUUAUAAUUUGUGAGAGAUCCUGUAGGAUUGUCAAAUGAUGUAAAUUGAGGGCCUGCUGGGAACAUGUUCAAUUUGAUUCUAUUCAUCAAUUCAUUCAUUAUUUGUGUUA